AUGUCAGACGAUCAUAAGGAUGUAUUAGAAGCUAUAAAUUCUUCUGGUCUUGCCUUUCAUUGCAUUGACUUUUUGAGACAGUACUCAACAAAUAUCGGAAUUCAUCACUACUUAGUCAAGAAGUUAUACUCUUACAGCUAUGAUGAACUAGAGUUCUUCAUUCCACAAUUGAUACAACUUAUGGUCUCUUUUGAAACAGACUCAAUGGCAUUAGAAGAAUUCUUGCUCGAUUACUCCGCUAAAUAUCCACACUUUAGCUUAAUAGUGUUUUGGAAUUUACAGGCUUAUAUUUUUGAAUUAAGAAAUGAACCAGAAUCUUACUCUUUUCAGACCAUCAGAAAGUUUAUCAACAAGCUUCAAGACAUAUUGUUUAACACUGAAGUUCCCAAUCAAGAUAAUUCUUUCAGAGAGAAUCUACAACCUUCUUUGGUGUUAUGUGGUGCUGUAGCAGCAGGAUUUGGUCUACCAAAAAUUCAAGAGUAUGCAUCACCCAUAAUUAAGACUCAAGGCAAGCAACAAAAGUCAUUUGUGUUUAAGUUAGCAAAUUUCCAGAAGUCUUUAACUAGAAACCUCACAAUGAAAAAUCAACGAAUGUCAAGCGAUGCUGCCUUGGGUGCUGAUGAUGAUAACACUUUAAGCCCAAGUUUGAGUGUCGCCGGAAGCAAAAUUGGGGAUUCACCACAAAUCCAUUCGUCGCUUGCCCAUUCCUCUCCCAGAAGAAGUGCUAACUUUUUGUCAGAUGACUCAGAGACCAAUACAACUGACGAAGAUUCAGAACUGAGAAGUGAUAUCGGUGUUUUGAGAAAGCACAGAUCUUUGGAUUUGAGACAACCCCCUUCGAGUUUUCAUAGAGAGGUAUUUAGCGACGUGGAAGAAAAUUUGAGAAUAAACACCACCAUAAAAUCAAAGAAGACUAUCAAAAGAAAACUGAAGAAAGAACAAGCAAAAUCUGUAUAUAGAGACCAACUGACUUCAAACUCUCAAUCCAUGCCCGAUUUAACACAUACAGAGAGUCAAAAAAGUACUGAGAGACCUAAGUUGUCACCAACAGAAUCUGAGUCGUGUUUGGGAAUGACUAGACCUUAUAGAGAUCAUAGUGCUUCAAAUGCUGGUAGCAUUAGGGAUAUGCAUCAUUUACCAACAUUCAAUGGGUUGAUGAAGGUAUUGCAGGUGAAUUACUCAAAGAAAGAGACUGAUUUCAUGAUGUCUCUUCAAAAUAUAUCACUAAGACUAUCUCAACUUCCUAAAGAGGCCAGAUUAUCAGCAUUACGUGCUGAACUAUCAAUUAUAAACGAAAAUUUACUUCCAUCAGAAAUCGACAUUCCUCAGCUUCUUCCAAUCACGAGUAAUAGAAAUAAGAAAUAUCACAAGCUUUUAAAGUUAAGCGUUAAUGAGGCCUGUGUGUUAAAUUCUGCAGAACGAGUUCCCUUCUUAUUGUUUGUGGAGUAUUUAAGUGAUGAAAUUGAUUUCAACCCUUUCAGUGAACAGAAUCAAAAAAUAAUUUCUAGGAGAUCUAAGAUGAAAGAACCCAAGUCGGAGGAAGUUACCGAGGAUUUGAUCAGCAUGGUAAAAACGAACGUUGAUUCCUCACCACCUCAAUUCACUGAUAAUGAUGAUACAGACAGAGUUAUCAUGGGUGAAGCAGAUUUGGGUGACAUGCCCAUUAUGUCUCGCAAGAGUUCAGGACAUGAUCUUAACCGAAUCAAACUUUUUGACAAUAAUAUUGAUAAUUUGCGUCAAGAAUCUACUGCACAAUCUAGGAACUCGGCCGAGAUUUCUACAAAGGUAUUGGCCGAUCAAAUGCGUAUUGCUUCUGUCAUGUUACAACAAUUAGAGAACUCAGGCCAAGCUGCCUCUGAACAAUCCACAUCUAUAAGAAGCAGAAUAGUCGACUCUAUGAUUUCCUUGCAAGACCAAUUUGACUCAAUCAACUAUGAUAAACUCAAUCAACUUAGGGGAGAUGAUCAAGAUGCAGGGGAAAGAAAACUCGAAAACGAUUUUAAGCUCGGUGAAGAUUGGGCUACCAAGAAAAUGAGAAUCAAAAGCUCCAGUAUUUACGGGCAUUUGGAAAAUUGGGAUCUUUGCUCUGUUAUAGUAAAGAAUGGAGAUGACCUUCCCCAAGAGGCAUUCGCUUGUCAAUUGAUCACCAUGAUAUCCGGUAUGUGGAAAAAACAUAAUAUUAGUUUUUGGACGAAGAGAAUGAAGAUAUUAAUCACUAGUGCCAAUGCUGGUCUUGUUGAAACGAUCACUAAUGCUAUUUCAAUACAUUCUAUAAAAAAAUCCUUGACUGAAAUAUCAAUCUCAAGGGGAGAAAAUUCUAAGGGUCGCAUAUUCACUCUACUGGACUAUUUUGUUAAGAUUUAUGGCUCUCCAACAUCAACGAAAUAUAAACAGGCUCAGGAGAAUUUUGCAAAAAGUUUAGCUUCAUAUUCCAUAAUAUGUUAUGUACUUCAAAUUAAGGAUAGACAUAAUGGUAACAUAAUGUUAGAUAAUGAAGGACAUAUUAUCCAUAUAGAUUUUGGUUUUCUUCUUUCAAAUUCUCCCGGAAGCGUGGGUUUCGAGGCUGCUCCAUUUAAACUUACGGCAGAAUACGUUGAAUUGAUGGGAGGCAUUGAAAGUUCGACUUAUGAGACGUUCAAAAAUACUUGUAAGCAAUGCUUCAAGGCCUUGAGGAAAGAAAGUGACCAAAUAGUCAGCAUAGUUGAACUUAUGCAGAAAGAUUCAACAUUACCAUGCUUUAAGAGUGGUGAAAACACAAGUAUCCUUCUCAAACAAAGACUUCAACUUCAUUUGAAUGAUGAGGAAAGCGAAUCAUUCGUAGAGACCACUUUGAUUGGAAAGAGUUUGGGAAGUAUGUACACCAGAUUGUAUGAUCAGUUUCAAAUGGUUACUCAAGGGAUUUAUAGUUAA